CACACAAACAGAUCCUCUGUUGAAAUUCACAUUCAACUAGGCACAGGACGGUGAACAGCGCGGUGAAUUGGAUCCCUUACUGCUUUUUCCAUCAAAUGGAAAUAAACAACACGCUCUUCUAGAUACGAAAUGACAGAACCUGGGAAACUUUUAAAUACUGUCUGAAGGGAAGUUACUGCAAAGAGAAGAAAAAGAAAACACUUGUUGGUGAACCAGUCUGAUGUUUCCCGGGACAGUAGCAGUGUUGCACGUGUUGCCUUGACAACCAGAGGUGACAACCAGGUGAAGCAACCAACCCAAACACACACACAUAGUGUCAGCAUCUCUGGGAGUGUGUGUGUGUGUGUGUGUGUGUGUGUGUGUGUGUGUGUGUGUGUGUGUGUGUGUGUGUGUGCAUCUGAGAUCGGGAUGCCUUGGAGGGGGCUUGCCUGGUGGACCCCCCACUGACCUCCCCAGAAAACGCCCACUACCCCACCCCCAACCGUUACCCUUCUACCUCCACCCCGGCCUCAGCAUGGCUGGUCUGGUGCUGAAUGAGACAGGCAUGGAGGACUGUGGGAUAGAUGACAGCUUUAAGUAUGACCUGUACAGCGUGGUCUACAGCGUGGUGUUUGUCCUGGGGCUCUGCACCAACUGUGCUGCUCUCUUUGUGUUCUGCUUCCGGAUGAAGCUACGCAACGAGACAACGCUGUUCAUGACUAACCUGGCGUUGUCAGACCUUGUGUUUGUGUUCACACUGCCCUUCAAGGUCUACUACAACGUCAACCGACACUGGCCCUUUGGAGAUGAACUUUGCAAGGUAUCAGGAACAGCGUUCAUCACCAACAUCUACGGUUCCAUGUUGUUCCUCACCUGCAUCAGCGUGGACCGCUUUCUGGCCAUCGUCUACCCCUUCCGCUCACGCUCAGUCCGCACGAGGAGGAACGCAGGCCUGGUGUGUGCUGCGGUCUGGCUCACCAUCGUGGGUGGAGGGAUAUCGGUCACCUUCUUUUCCACGAUCAACCAGGCGAACCGCGCCACGGCCUGCUUCGAGGGAUUCUCCAAGAGCACCUGGAAGACAUACCUGUCUAAGAUCACUAUCUUUAUAGAGAUCGUAGGUUUUCUCCUCCCACUCCUAACCAACCUGGUGUGUUCCUCUCUGGUGCUGAGAACCCUCCGUCGCCCUGGGACCAUCGGCCACGGCUGCAACAGCAAGCGCCGGGUGCUCCGUAUGAUCCUCGUCCACCUGGCCAUCUUCAUCAUCUGCUUCGUCCCCUACAACUCCAUCCUCUUCCUAUAUGCCAUGGUGCGGACCCAGGCUCUGGCCAACUGUAACCUUGAGAGGUUUGUCCGGACGCUGUACCCCAUCACCCUGUGUCUGGCCACCCUCAACUGCUGCCUAGACCCAGUGGUGUACUACUUUACAUCUGAGUCCUUCCAGAAGAGUCUCACCACAGGGGGGAAGGGAGGGAUCCGGGCUGAGAGCAUCCCCCGCAGCGACACACACCUGAGUAGUGAGGCAGAGACGCAGCAGGACACAGGGACAAUGACCAGGGAUGGGAGACCGUGGAGAGACACACGGGACCGGACAGUCACCAGGAGAGACUCACAAGAAGCAUCACUCACUAGAAACACCCAGGACGCUCUCACCAGCAAUGGGAAAGAUACGGGAGUGAAUGAGACUCAGUUCUGACACUACGGGUGAGAGAGAAAUAAAAAGAGAGAGAGAGAGAUGGAGAAAGAGAGCGAGGGGACAGUUCAGGAUGAAGAAAUCAGGUUUCUGAGUUUAAGCCCUAGUUCAAAAGCCACUGUAUCUCCGCUCCAAACAAAUAAAUAUGUCACUUUCUCUUUUGGAAGAGCAGGGAUUGAAUGCCGUCUGAAACAAUGCAGUGUGCCCCGUCAAAAAGUCUGAUGAUAGUUCGGGAGUCUCUGCCGCUCUUUUGGCAUAGUGCAGGUGAAGCCUUCCUGCAGCUCGCCUGAGCAGUUCUUCCACUGUCAGGAGAAAUGGUAAUGCAUAUCAAUAUAUGUUAAUUGCAUGCAAAUAAAGGUUGCUUUGCUACCACACCCACAACAGAAAGACAAUCAUGGUCUCAGAUUCGCAGGUAGAGGACUUCUGUGAGAUGUUGCUGUUAUGUCUGAAUUCAACACUUUACCAAUGAUUAAGUCUGUUACAGUGUUGAGAUUGGUUGACUGGGUGAAUAGGGUCAAUAUCAGGGGAUAUCUUUAUCUUUGUAUUUCCGGAUAGCUGACUGGCUCGAUUAGGUCAUAUGUAGCAACAUUUAAAAUAGUGUUUUUUACAUUGGACAAAAGUAGAGACUAGAAAAUUGUACAUUACACAAUACAGUUGAGGAACAAUGGGAAAGCCAUUCUGCUUUGAAAAUGAAGAGCUUUUCUUUGUCUCCACCCAUUCAGCAGCGUUCACACCAUCUUAAGCCUUUAGCCCCACCCAUUCAGCAUCGUUCACACCCUCUUAAGCCUUAGCCCCACCCAUUCAGCAGCGUUCACACCAUCUUAAGCCUUAGCCCCACCCAUUCAGCAACGUUCACACCCUCUUAAGCCUUUAGCCCAACCCAUCUCUUUAAGGAUUCACACCCUCUUAAGCCUUAGCCCAACCCAUCUCUUUAAGGAUUCACACCAUCUUAAGCCUUAGCCCCACCCAUUCAGCAGCGUUCACACCAUCUUAAGCCUUAGCCCCACCCAUCUCUUUAAGAAUUCACACCAUCUUAAGCCUUUAGCCCAACCCAUCUCUUUAAGGAUUCACAUGUGAGGCCAUGUGCUAAACAGAGUGAAUAUGGUAGUGUACCAAACAACCAAAGAUUACGACAAAAUAAAGGCUGGUUUAUAUUACGUCUUUCGACAGUUGUCGCAGUGACAUCAUGUACAUUCUAUUGAUGUCCAGCAUCAAACUUGUUGUUGUUGUUAUGAAAAAGUAAAAACACAAAAAUGUAUUUUAACACCAAUAAACCCAUCAGUUUAAACAUGAA